AUGCUCGGUGUGAAGACCCGCCACGCUCUGACACACCCACCCAGUCCCGCCCAAUCACAGCGCAGCCAAACCACCGUCCAACGCCCAGGACAAGUCAGACGUUUCGAUGUGGAGAAUGGUCUGUCGGUGGGACGCAGCCCGCUGGAUGCUCAGGCCUCCCCCGGCUCAGGGCUGGUCAUCCAAGCCAACUUCCCCCACAGCCAGAGACGAGAGUCCUUCCUGUACCGCUCCGACUCAGAGUUCGACCUGUCGCCAAAAGUCCCGUCCAGGAACUCGUCCGGGGCCAGCGACCUGUGA